AUGGCGGCAUUCGAGAACCAUUUGUACAACCUCCCCCCGUCCCCUUUUGCAGACACACUCUGGACGGGCUGGGAUGCCAACUCUUCUCCCGUAUCGACCCAAGAAGAGAGGAGCUUCGAGAUAGAAUCCAACUGGCAACAACAUAUCUAUACGAUACCGGAUUACUACUGUCUGCCGCUCGACAAGUGGCCAGGCCAGCCAACUACACCUCUCUCCAGCUAUUCCCCUACGGAUAGCUCAUUCUCAAUGGGACAAUACCCCGAUACUUCACUCAAUAUCACAAAUUGGGCACCAGCGAUCGAUACAUUCGCCGCACCAGUAUUCUCCGCUGCCCCGACCGCUCCUUCAUGCACUCCUGAGCUCACGCCUCAAUGCAACUCACUUCCCGACUACUCGAGCGCUUCGUCAGGAACAACAACACCGAUCACUCAAUCCUCCCCCACCGAACCGGAAAGCCCCCUACCCUCGUCGGCCAGCCCAAACACCAAAACCAACCGCGUCACAAAAACCACGAUCCGAUGCUGGGAGCACAGUUGCGGCGGUCGGGCAUUUUCCUCUCUCGGGAACUACGAGCGACAUCUCCGCGAGAAAAGCGGGCGAGCGAAGAGCUUCACAUGCGAGCAGUGCGGCCAGCGUUUCACACGCUCAACUGCAAAAAACAAACAUAUCAGAUACGGGCGGUGUCGGGUGCAACAGGCUGGGCCCAUGCCUGGGCCCAAAAGCCGAGCAGCACCGAAAUCAGGCAGUUCCCGGCACCGAUAG